AUGGACGUUGAAUUGAAUGCACCAGAACAGUUUCUAUUAUGUAACAAUGAAAAGUGUUCAACUGCUUUUAAAUACUUGGAUCUCUCAGUUCAUACAAUAGUCGAUGGUCCUGAUCCAAGAGAUCAUCUUGCGAAUGAAAGAAACUUGUUAACUUGGAUAAGAACAGGCACUACCCUGGCUUUGAUAGGUUUCAUGACAUUGUUGGAUAUGCCAACCAAGAACUUUGCACCUUCUUAUAGUCUACCAUGGACUCAGGGUGCUGUCUCUGUGAAUGCAAACAUUCUUUCUUAUAUCUUUGUUGGACUAGGAUUUACGUGUUUCAUCUAUUCACUCUAUAGCUACUUUAGAAACCAAAGACAGAUUGUCAAGAGACUCUUAUGGGUAGGUCAUGGUUGGUUAGGAUAUGCAGUGGCAACCAUAAUGAUGAUCUUUGUUGUGUUUAUUAUGGUCAUGGCAUUAACUGAAGUGCCUUAA